AUGCAUCCCCUGGUUGAGAAAGCGGUUUUUUUAACCGAUUGUCGUUCGGACUCGAAUGAUUUGAUUGUGGUUGUGAUAUACAACAAAGGCGAUGUAGGUGUUCUGAGGCUUGGGGAUGAAAGAUGGAAACCACUAGUUGAAUACCAAGGUAAGUCGUAUCGUGACCUCAUUAACUUCAAAGGGAAAAUCUAUGCUAACAUUAGUGAGUUUUCAGCUCCCUUGAAAUUCCCUGUGGGUGACAAGAAGUAUUUGGUGGAGUCAUGUGGAGAACUCUGGUUACUGGAUAGAGAGUGGAGAACGCAAUCAGACAAUGUGUGGUAUUAUCCGGAAGCUAAUAUUGUACUCGCAGAACUUGCUUGGUAUGAAAAGGUGAUCUGGUUCAAUGUCUACAAACUGGAUGAGGAAGAACACAAAUGGGUAGAGGUGCCUGAUCUAGGCAAUAGGAUAUUGUUUGCGGAUAGAGAUCGUUCGUUCUCGGUUUCUGCUGCAGAUUUCGCAGGAGACAAUUGCAAAGGGAACUGUGUUUUCUUCUUGAACUCUUGUAGUAUCUAUGACAAAAACUAUCACGAUGACAAUGAUGCUCUUAGGGGAUUAGGUGGUAAAGAGCCUGAGAUUUACCUUGUAGGGGAUCACUGUGUUGAUCAACUAGUAGCCUACCCUGGCUAUGCCGACCAAUUUUGGCCUCUCCCAAGCUGGCUUGCAACAGUUUCAUCUUCUUCAUCUCAAUCCUAAAAGAAUUAGUUGAAGAAAUGCAUAAUGCACAGCUGAAAUACACAUGUUAAGAGGUUAAGAGCUCUUUAGAUGCAUUAGAAGCAAAUUUUGUGCUACGGAGCUCGAUAAAGUUUACUCCAUCUUUUGCCCUUCUGGUUGGAUUUUGUUUGCCCGAGCUCCGAUCCUCUUGGGGCCUUCUUUUGCUUCAUUGGCCGGAUGAAUGCUUCUUCCCUCAAGAAUAUGUGUGUAAAAAGGAAGAAAACUGUACUAGUUAACUUUAAUUAGUUUGUUCCAUUUGGUAAUGCAUGAAUGUUAUUUGUGCAAAAUGUACC